UGUAGUUUGAUCAAGAGUCGUUUGGUGUCAAGAUAAAAAUGAAAAUAUUUAUAUUUUGACGACAGGAGAGGAAUCGGCGCUCAUAAUUCGUUUCUGAUAAAUAAGUGGAUAUUUUGAAUAAUGAAUUUAAUAGAAUUGAAAUGGAAGGUGAUACGAUGACUUUGAAUCUGUCUGGAACUGAUGGGAAGAAUCUGAAUGCUUUGUUCAUCAUUAAUGGCAUCCGUUCCUCUCCAUCCACUCUUUUAGUUGAAAAUUUAAAGCUGGAGCUACCAUUAGAUAAGUUCGAUUCCGAAACUGCUUCCAGGAUCUUGCAAGAUAAUGGAGUGAUUGAUAAUGAUACAUCAAGAGGAUUAGUUUGUGUUCAAGGGCAAGAUAAAUCCGAAACUUUGAGUAGAUUGGAAAAUGUUCGACUUUCUGUUUCUGAUUUACAGAAUACAUCAGAUGAUUCUUUAUUAAAUGCUUCUGAAAUUAUUAUGGCUAAUGAUGAUCAAGAGGCAUUUACAAUUGCUGCCGAUACUAUUACGCAGACUGCGGCACCUGCUUCGUCAGAAGUUGACGUUUGUAAUAAUCAACAAGUGUCAACAGAAAAUGGAUCAUCUAAUGUUUUACAAGAGCAUCCAAAGAAAAAAGGGGGUUGGCCAAAAGGUAAGAAAAGAAAACAAGCAACGAGUGAAACAGCUGCUCCUCGAGCUCCUACAACUGGUUAUGUUCUGUUUCAACAAGAAAGGAGACAAAUAAUUAAAAAGACAAAUCCUGAAAUUCCAUUUGCUGAAGUGACAAAAAUAUUAGGAAAUGAAUGGUCUAGUUUGCCUUCUAAUGAAAAACAAAUGUAUCUAAAAAGAGCUGAAGAAGAUAAGAAACGAUAUCGAGAAGAACUGAAGUUGUAUCAACAAUCCGAAGGAUACCAAACUUAUCAAAAGUGGAAAAAAUUAAAAGCAAUUUCUAAUGAAAAUUUAAAUUCUUCCACAGAUGAUUCACCUUCUUUUACUAUUCAUACCAUUGAAGAAGAAGAUACGAACGAACUGUAUUGUAAAGUAUGCGAUAUUCUGUUUAGUUCUAUUCAUAAUAAAAAAGAGCAUUUAUAUGGCAGACAACAUUUACAAGCAGUUACAGGUGAGAUUCAUAAAGAAGCAAUGGAGCAAAGUCAGGUAUCCGAGGAUGAAUUAUUAUUUUCGAACGAGGAUCAUCAUUUAUCAAAAACUGGUACCACAGGGAAUAUACCAAAUCACUCACGGUUACAGAAUACUAAUUCUACAAACGUCAAUCAAGCAAUUCAUGAUUUUUUUAUGUUGAACAUUACAAGAUUACAAGAGAUUUCUGUUUUGAAAAAGAAACUUGUUGAAAGUAAGAAGAAAAAUGAAAAAUUACAAAGGGAAUUACAUGAUUGUAAGGUUUUAGAAAAGAAAUUUCAGCAAGAGCUUAAAGUGGCUAAAGAAUAUUGCACAAUGUUGACUUCUCAACUCGACAGUUUAAGGAUGGUGCCAGCACUCUUUGGAGUCAUUAAUUUUUAACGAUGAAAGGAGAGAGAUGAACGAACGAAUUGUCGCACAAUUUUAUAGUUUUUAGAAAAAGCUUGACAUUAUCUCAAUUUAGUUAUAUGCAAAUCAUCAUUCACAAUUCAAAAUUGUGUAUUUGUAAAAUCAAUAGAAUAAAAUUUAUAAGGCGUUUUUUAUUUAGCACUGAAAAGUAACUUUUAAAAAUUAUUCUUUAAUAUUUCAAAUUUUUAUUGAUUUUGGGAAAUGAAAAAAAGGAGAAACUCAUAUUUUUCUAUAUUUAUACAUAAUUUCUGUUCCGAAAAUCAUCAAUAGAAGUAGAAAAAUAUUUAUUCUUGUUGUAAUUAAAGUAUUCACUAAUUAGACCGAAUCCAAAACCUCAUCCCUGGUUGAAAAUGCUGAUCUGCCAUCUUGGUCUCUGGCAUGAUGGAAGAUUCUCAGUUAGACAUUUUACCUAGAUUAAUAAUGGUGCUAUUGCCAUAACACAUUCCUAAAAUAAAGUUAUUUGUGAACUUUGAACUGCGGCAUGUAAAAAUGUUAUCCAUUCUAACAAAUUUUUAUGAUGUAAUAUAAUGUCAACAAAUGAAAUCUGCUAGUUAAAUUGAAAUAUAUUAACCCUUUCUCAUCCAAUAUUUCAAAAUUAUAUGGUAUAUAUGUAUAUUAUACUAUGCUUACACAACAAAAGUUAACUGGGAAUAAUCUAACUCCAAUUAACUUCUAUUAUAUUGUUAUUUAUCCCAAUGAAGUGAAGAUGGCAUUCUUACAAUAUGCAACUCAAGGGGUCAAAUCUAUUUUAUAUACAGUAGCAUUUCUUCAGAACACAAAUUAUGCUGUAAGUAACUUGAUUUGAUGCUGAUGUAACUAUUCUUCCAGUUGUUAGUUCUAGCAAAGGGCAAAUUCCAUAUUAAUAUUCUAAAUUUAAGUAGAUUAGUGACAAUUAUAUUGCAGAAAGGAUUAAAAUAUGAAUCAGAAUAUUUUAACAUUUGUUCUGCUUAAAUGAGAAGAGUUUAUCAAGUCAAAAGGCUCAAUUGAAGUUAAAUGGUCUUGCAAAUGUAGUAUUGAAUUUAUACCAAACCAAUGGAAGAAUUUCAUAAAUUGUUGUCAAUUUUUAUUAAAUUUAUUUUUUAGACUUUAAAUCAUUGUUUACAGAAAGGUAUUUAACUAAAUAUAUAAUUUUAAAUUAUACAGGGUAUGGUUCAGAAUGUAUUGACAAGACUUAGGUUCAAUUAUAUACUGUAGAAUCUGCUUCCUGUCUUUCAAAUCUCAUGGGAGGAAGAAAAACAAGUUGAGAUAAAGAUGUUCCUACACAGUAAACUAUAUGUAUGAUUGGAGGUAUGGUAUUUUAUUAAUACAAUAGCAAAUACAGUAUAUACCUGUAUUAGAUAUGAAUAUAACAUUUUUAACGUACCUUAACAAACAGUUCGUCAAUAGUUUAUGAUGCCCGACUUUCUUCAACCAGUAAGAGGCAAGCCAAGCUUGUAGCCAAUCAGAGAAAAGCAACAUUAAUUUACUAUGUUACUGUAUUGCAAGACAUGUUUCUAGACUAUAAUUUAUGCUAUCAAAAUAUAAUCACAAAUUUAAAGCUUGACAACUACACCUCAAAUUAUUGACUGAUGUGUCAGAGAUUUUGAGAGAGAAUUUUUGAGAUAAACAUGGAAAAUAUAUUGAAUUUAGGCUGAAAAUGCAGGGAGAAAAAUAAAUUUGGAGAUAACUCCAUACAAUUGAUCUUGUCUGUUUUUCCCCCUUGAAACAAGUCCUGUUGUUGGUAUUUAUUGCUAUAGCUUUUCAAACAAAUAAUGCAGUGUUUUAGUAACCCUGCGUUUCUUUAUGCAGUGAGAUUGUAGCAAAAUGACAUCAAAAGCAGUGUUGGCCAAUUAGAAACCAGUUUCAGUGUGUUCACUGUAAAGCGCUUCUAGAGCGCUGCAUAAAGAAACGCCUGGUAAGCAACACAUUUUACAGAACUGUGCUGCUUUGUUUAAUAGUCUUACAUUGGAGAGCAUAUUUUCAACACUGAAGUUGCAUGCAUGCACACUACACAUCUAUGCACAUAGAGGGCUGAUAGAAAAGCUCCCGUGUAGAAGAACCAAGUCCCAUCGAUAUGUUCCGAAUCAUCCCAUGUUUGCAUCAGUUUUAAAACUGACUUCAACUAUCAUGUAGUUCAUAAUUUUGUCACCCCCAGAGUGUCUGUCUGUUCUGGGGAAGUGUUCUUAACGUUGUUUGCCAUCAGAUUCAGAUAUGAUCCAACCUUAUAAUAGAAAAUGCAUAUAUCAAACAAUUUUUUUAUAGGAUAAGAAAGGGUUAAUACAGUUUUGCCAGUUUGAGAAUUUUUAAACAAAAUACUGAACAAAUUUUAACUUGUAAAACUAUAAGACAAAAUGGUUAUAAAUCAAAGUUUUAAUAAGUUUUAGUUUUAUUUUAGAAUGUACAUGUUUAGAUUUUUUAAAAUUUAAUUAAUAAUAAAAUUUUUCCCGAAAGUUCCUCUUUAUCGUGGUCAUCAUGUACAUAAAUGUAAAUUUUUUCUGAAAAUAAUAAAAUGUUAAAUGUUAAUAAGCGUAUAACUUUUUAAUUUAAUGGGUAAUUUGCCAUUGUAUGGUCUGGCAAAUAACCUAAAAGUUGGGAUAGAAAAUG